AUGAAGUUUGGGUUUGGAUCUGCUGUGGGUGUGGCAGUGGCAGUGGCAGAGGUACGGUGUCGAAGGGGUUGAUCGUCGGUCCAUGGGAAGAAGCUCCCUGUUCGUACCGUGAUUCCAGCACUAGUUCGGCUCGGCGCAGCAAAGUGGAAGAGAUUCAUUCCGGUAUGGACGGCGUCGCUGAAACCGGUGUGCUAGAAUGGACCUCCGACACGAAUUGGACCGUUGCUCGCGGCACACUCGAGGCUUCGAUUGCCGUCGAGUCCUCCGAUUUCCCGAUUCCUGAAUCCGACCUGCAAAUUGCGGUUCCUGAAUCUCCUCUUGUUCUGAAGCCUCGUGGUCCCGAUUUUGGUCCUUGUGAAAUCUACAUUCAAUUUGAGGAAAGUUUUGACAUUAGCCAAAUUUACGUAAGGAGUACUGCUCGUGUGUAUGAAAUCUACUACACACGUUCUCCUCGUAGUAGCAACGAGUAUCUCUGUACUGUUCGGUGUGGUGUUGCUGAGAGAGAUGGGAAAGUACUCCAAACAGCUACCAUUGGAGGUGUGGCGGGGGGUGGGGAUUGUUCGCAGGAGGAACCCAUAGUAGAAAGUAUUUCGAAUGGGGGAAGCUCUUCCAACAGUGAAGAUGAUUGGGUUAAGAUUAAAGUACCUGAAGUUGGGAGCGGAUCUUUGUCGGAUAAGAUUAAUUCUGGCCAAGCUGAAAAAAUACAGGAUCUUUACGAGGCUACAGCCCAAAUAAGUGAUGCAGAGCACUGUACGUCGCUUACAAUUAGAUUGCUCUCCCUUCAGGACAGAGGCGCCGUAUACAUUGAUGAAGUUUAUGUAUUUGUGGCCCUCGCAGAAUCAUCUGAUUCUGGAAAUGAGGCCCCCUUCACUGGAAGCUCGACUCAAAAUUCUCUAAUGGCCAUGUUUGUACCUACUCUUCUGCAACUUUCAAAAUCAGGUGUCAACCGAGUUAGAGAUGAAUGUGCUUCUGAUGAAGUGGUUAAGGAUGAUAAGACGGAAACUAGGUCAGAAACUACUGAUCAAAUUGAUGAUGGAUUGCAGAAAAACCAAGCUGAGCUACAAAAUGCAGAGUCUGAAAGGCUUGAUGAUAAGAAUACAUCUGAAUCAGCUGAAACUCCGGAAUCUACUGUGGAAAAUAAAUGUGUUGAGCCAGUAAACAGUCUCCCCCGAAAUCUUGAAAAUACUCUGGAAGAGCUUGUUUCUCGAGUGAGUAGAGUGGAAGAUAUGUUCUUGAGGUUUGAAGAAAAACUUCUGAGGCCCAUCGAGAGCAUAGAGACAAGGCUUCAGCGAGUCGAGCUUCAGCUUGAAAAACUUGCUCAGAGUUCUCUUGGUUCUAGCACGACGCAUUGCACAAGAAUCUGUGCUCCUGCAUUUUCUUGCAGCGAGUCGAAUUCAAGCUCACUCUACAACGACCAAAGUGAUUAUCCAACUCGUGCGCCAUCCGACAUUGAAAAGAAAGAUCUGUCCUGUGAUUCCAUCCCUGACUUACCCCCGUCCCAUGAUGCAAAACUUCAACCAAGCCUUGUUGUUUCUGCUCCUAAGUUUACAUACGAUGAAGAUGAAGAGGACAACAGCGUGGCACCAUUGGAGGAUUCGCCCCGCAUUAAAUUAGAACCAAAGAAAGCUGUUUCAGUUGAUGAUGCCUUAGCCGCAGCACUCAAUGGAUUUUUGUCGUCUGCUAUGAACCAUCCUCCUGAUGUUCAAACAACUUCGGGCGAUUGUGAGGUAAUCGAAGGUCAAGAAUUUCUUGUUGCAGAAAACAUCGGUAGUAAAGAGUCCUUGCAAUACACCCGAGUCCUUUCAAUCACAGCUCCCGACUUUUCGGCAGAUGAAACCGGAAAUGACGAUGAUUUGAAUGAUGCUCAGUCUUCUUUGAAUAUAGUCUUUGAACUUAAAAACGACGAAAAGGGACACAACCUCGAGGCUUCCUCUCAUGGCAUUGAAUCCUCGAAUGUUUCGAUCGACGUAAGUAUGGUAGACCCAAGCUCGGAAGCAAAUACAUCGGACAGUUCUAGUGACGAUCCCAAGUCGGAUCUUGCCAAGGAUUCGGUGAAAAGCAACAUAUCGGUUCAGAUUGAUGAUGAAACUAAUCCCGGAACCCCUCGCGACUCUACGAACACAUCCGAAGUUCUAGAAGGAAAUGCUUCGACAGAACAAGAGUGCAUCAAAGAUCAUACAUUCGAGUCGUCGAGUUCUUUAUUGGACUUCAACUUCCCUAUCUUAGACGUUAAAUUCACUCCGGUCACCUCCAGCAAUCCCGACUCCUUACUCGAAGCUCUUCUGUAUGGAACAGUCGAAUCUAGCGCCGAAGUUUCUUUGACUCAUGAUUCUGUCGACAGCAAUGGAGGAUGUGCUGAUGGUGUCGAUGAAACAGCAGAUUCGUUGCCGGUAAGCCCUCUCUUGGUGGAUGUGGACAUCGCCGGUGGCGGCUACGAGAAUUUGGAGUCGGAGGGAGAAUCUUCCGGCGGUUCUUUGCCGAACUGCCACCCUGUAAUUGAUGAAAAGCCCUGUUUGCUACUUCCAUGAAUGUUAAAACUUCACAGCAAGUCUCAGGUAUUUAUGUAUGUAUAUAUAUGCAUGUAUUUUACAGUAUUGGUUUUCUGUUUAAAUGAAAUAUAAUACUCAGUAAAUAGUCAAUGGUCUUUUAUUGCAUUUA